GUCCCCGCAGUGGGCGGGACCAUAGCGGGCGAUGGGGUCGGAGCUGGAGCCCGAGCUGGGCCCGGAUCUGGGCUCCGUCUGCCGGCGGCUGGACCAGCGGCUGCUCCGGUACCUGGAGGACGUGGAGCUGCUGGACGAGCGGCGGGAGCGGCUGGAGAGGCUGAUGGAGCAGGGCUGGUUUUCCCUCUCCAAAGCUCGCUACUCCAUGGGAACCAAAUUGGUGUCGUCUCUGCAGUAUGGACCUGAGAUGGUGCCUUUGGCUCGUGUUGACGUGAGUCAGAA